AUGCAGCUUGAUAUCCAACUCCUCCGCGAGAAUGCGGAACAUUUUCGACGCGGCCUUCAGCAAGUCUACGCGCAAGCUGGCCGGACCUUUAAUUGGCCCUUAAACCCGACUACAGGUUGGUCUGUUACCUCCAAGAGGAUCAACCCCCAGAGGCUCUUCUGCGCGGUGCUUGACCGUGGGGGCUACCACCAGGUCUCUUCGAACAAGAGACACUGGUGGGCCGUUGCCCAGGACCUAGGGAUCAAGCCGGGGCUGGCUGGAACCCUGUCCUUUCACAUAAGGCAGCUCUACCGAGAGCGAUUGCUAGACCUGGAACUCCAGGCAACUGCCGCUGCUGGCUCUGUUUCUGCCGCUGGCAACGCGCCUGCGAGUAUUUCUGGCCCUCCUCUCUCUCUCCCUCCUCCUCCUCCCACUACACCACAACAACCGUCGACGGUUCCGCCUCCCCCUCCGCCACAACAAACCCCUCUUCCGUCGACUCCUACUUCCGUCCCUCCCGCCCUCUCAUCCACUCCUCUUCCCUCAACUCCGCCGUCCGAACCACCCCAAUCCUCCCAGCCUUCUCGGCCAUCUGAAGAGAUGGCAACUCCUAUGGCUGGAGCUGUUAAUGCUGCAGCGCAAGAUGCGCCUGCUGAGAUCCCCACCCCAGGGGAACCAUCGGUCGUUCUCGACUACACUGGUGGGGAUAUUUAUCACCGGGCCUAUAUGGGCAUCCGGUCAGAACUCCCUCAGGAGGUCCAGUUCGGCCUUCAAGUAAUGCUGAGGGCGUCGGACGUGCAUCAAGACGCGAUGCUCUUUGAGAAUUACCCGUUUCUCAUGGAGGCAUUACUCCGACAAGUUUUAAAAAUCGGGAACAUUGUUUACGGCGUCGAGUGGGAGCCGAAUUAUGAUUACGCGUAUUUCGACGAGGAAUACAAAAAGAAUGCUCGCUUUGACGACCUCUGCACAGAGGGAACUUUCGACUUGCUGCAUAGAAUUCGCAGACUUCGCGUCAUCUUGCCAAGUGACAAUUUAUUUGAUGACGAAACCAGAGCAAGACUUGAUGCAGUCACGAACGCAUCAUUAGUUCUCAGAAACAUGUGCCAAGUCGCUGCCAACGCAAACUUCAUGGAUGUAGUCUGCAUGGCAAGAGAUUGCGCGACCAUUGUUCUCAAGCUUCCCAACAGAGGUAUCUUUCAAGAGCUUAAGAACAAUAUCUUGGAAAUGGUGAUCGAGGCGUGUCCGUGGUGGGGUCUCUGGCCUGUCGAUCCCCUUUUUAUUACCCUUCUGGAGUACCUGGGCUCCAAAGAUCGUUUUCAACUUCUUUGCGCUUUGCGGGCGCUUGUUAUGUUUUCUUACGAGUUGGAAGGGGUUAAAAAGUUCGGCCUUGCAAAAUGCACUGUCUUGGACGUAAUGAAUUAUCUUCUUCUGGAGAACGAUCCAGAACUGAUGUCGUCGACUCUCGACUUCGUCUAUCAGUACGUCUGUGAGCCGGAUAAUGUUGAGUUCCUGGUCAAUAAUAUUGACCUUCCGACAACUUUGAUUCCGCGUCUUGUCAAGUUGCUACUCUACGGAGCUGAGCGCCAGCAAGAUCUUAGGGUUUACCAAGCCCAACAACAGCAUCAGCUCUCGAACAAAAUCUCGAUUCCCCCUCUAAACUGCAUCCAGGAUUUUCUUGAGUUUAAAGAGCCUGAUCGCACCUCGCGGUGGGCUCAGUGUCUCUUUAUCGAGGAUUCGCAAGGAGAAAUUGCGCAACGUGCCGUAUGGCUUGCGUACCAGCAGACUUUCACUGGGCAUCUAAAGCCAAACGACUCUCCACUUCUUGCCGCCCCAGAGUUCAUCAAUACUGUCACCCACGCUUUUAAGAUUGCUCGCGCUCGGGUUAUAAGCGAUGGCGAACAAGGCCAGAAGUUUGUCAUCCAGGGAAUUCGCCCUCGAGCGACUUGCCGCAAUAUGAGCGGCUUUCCUUAUCUUUACUGCAACUGGAGAGUUGCAAAACAACCAGCGUCGCCCUCGACUUCGCCAGCAAACCCUGACGCCAAUGCAACAACGGGUAAUGGCUUAGUUAAUAAUUAUAAACCACCAACCGUUGAAGAUGAGGCUGACGCGGUUCCAUACUUGUCUUAUGACAGGAGUAUCGUGACAACUCAUCUUCCUGCGUACGAAAAGAAGGCACGAGAUCCAGAGCUUGAAAAACAGCGUUCAGAGGAAACACCGGCCGCCAUUCCACAAUCCCUUGACCUCGAUACCCUUACCUUCACGGGCCACACGCUGAAUGACCCUGAUCUCGAAUAUUGCAAUCGCGUGUUCACAGACCCACAAGUUUUUCGGAGACAUGUACUUUGUGUUCAUAUGGGCAUUCGUAACGCUACUGAUGGCAACUGGUAUCCGUUUUCUCGUUUUAAGAAAACCCCCAAUCCGGUUUGUCGGUGGGACAAUUGUGAGGCCCUCAAAACCCCUACCUGGGACCUUAACCAUGCUGCUACGCAUGUCUCUACCCAUCUCCCCCCAUUGAGAGACAUGAAUGACACUGAACUUGAAUGGAACCGAUCCUUCUACUAUCCGAAACGUUUUAUUGCUUGGGACUAUUUUGUCACCCCUUGUGAUGAAAAUAAAGAGCCUUAUGGGAUUGCGUACAAGGCACUUCUUAUCUUGCGCAACAUCUUACAGAAUGCUCCCCAAGGCAAACCAACCGGUCGUUUUGAAGGAAGCCAAUCAUGGGGCGUGGCAUUGUUUUACUCUCAGCGUGCGAGGCUGCUCGAAUUGGCAGACCUUAACCCCACCCUUCGCAAAGAAAUUUUCGACUUUGUGAAUGAUAUCGACAAUUCUCGAUGGGGUUUUGUCUUCGAGCUUUAA